CCCGCUCCGUCAGAUCAAAAACUAACUAUUGCUCUACAUUCACCACUUUCUAAAGUAAUCGUUUAAUUAAUAAUAAUAAUAAUAAUAAUAAUAAUAAUAAUAAUAAAUGAGCAGAUUCACCGGGCUGAAGAAGCUUAUUAACAAACCCAGCUCUAUAAAAAACACUCUGAAGCUUAUUAAGUGGCUUCAGAGAAGGAAACUGCUAAAAACAAAAAUUAAAUGCAGAAUAUGCCAUCAGAACAUGAAAAUGAAGAAAAGGGCAAACAGUGGAGAUCAACAUGCUUGGAUUUGUCAACAAGCAGUACAUGAGGGAAGGGCAAAACAAAUGUCUGUCAGCCACAAAUCAAUCUUCAGUGGAUCAAAGAUCUCCUUCAGCAAGUGGAUGCAGUUCAUGUACAGGUUUUGUCAGGGUCUACGGUUACGCCAGAUAGACAUGAUGGAUGACAGAAUUGCAAGUAGUUCAGCUACUCUUACUAAAAUGGCAAAGAAAAUAAGGGAGGUCUGUGUCACAGCAGUUGAAAGGAUGAGAAGGCGUACAGACCAGCAAAUUGGUGGAAGAAGGGAGUUUGUUGUGAUCGACGAAAGCCAUUUUCAUCACAAAAGAAAGUAUGGUAAAGGAAGAAUGGCUGGAGGGUGGAAAAGAAAGAAGUGGGUUUUUGGGAUGUUAGGUGUGAAAUAUUAUCAUCAGCAAAAAUCUAAAAAACCUAUUCUAUGUCUUCUGGAGAGAAGAUCUCGAAGAGAUCUAGUGCCCUUGGUUGCGCAUCAUGUGAGGCCUGGGUCAUCAAUUAUCAGUGACGAGUGGCGUGCUUAUCGCAUACUCCCUGAACUAGGGUACAACCAUCACACUGUCAACCACAGCAGGUGGUAUGUAGAUCCCCACACUGGUGCCCAUACCCAACAUAUUGAGAGGGCCUGGAGAUCCUACAAGGAGCAGAUUGGAGGCUUAGAGGAAAUCGCACAGAGAGUUUGCUUUCUGACCACCUUGCAGUGAUUAAGUGGAAUGAAUGGCUGGCAAAGAAACACUCUGAUGGUGCAUUUGGCAGAUUGAUUCAUGACAUUUCAAGGAAGUACAAGUAGUGAAAUGUAAUAGUUUGAAAUGUAGAUUUUUUUUGUUUUAUUUUUAUUUUUUGCUUUUAUCAAAAUUUUGUGUGGCUUUUUUGCCACUUCUUUGUGAUUCACUGUUUGCACAAUCACCCAGCCAUGAAACAAACUUUUUUGUUGUUGUUGUUGUUAAUUUAGUUACUUUUGUUGCUUAUUUAGUAAAUUUUUCUAUUUUAUAUCUGACACUGCAGAAGUAUAUUUUAAA